UCUUGUUAUAUCGUACACAGCUAGAGACGCACCAACUAUCGAUGAUCGAGAACAGGAGAACUGGAUUUUCGCCAAUAAUAUACGUCCAAGAAAACAACGUUGACAUGUGGAUGUUCAGCAACAUGGUUAGAACAACGGUUGAGAGUGACUCUCCAGUGACGUCAAUAACUUGUUAUGGCAGCAGCGGCGUUCUCGACAAGAGUUCUUGCCAACUUGGGACGUCAAGUUGAACUGGCACGAAAGAGUAGUGCUCUGGGUGCUUCGCCAGGGAAUAAUACCGCGCCAUGCUGCAAUCGUGCCUGACGGUAACCGGCGCUUCGCCAAGAAAAACGGAAUGAACCUCAGCAAAAUUUACGCUAUCUGGCUUCAAAACAUCGCACUGACAUGGCACCAUAUGUCAGCGCUGGGUGUCACCGAGGUCUCUGGCUUCCUGCUCAGUGCUCGUAACUUCAGCCGUAACACCACUGAAAUUGGCACUGUUCUGGAUGAGCUCAAGAGGUUCUUCAUCAAAUCUCUUCAUUCUUUAGAAAUCUUCAGUCAAGAAAACUUCAAAGUCAGCACAGCAGGAAGUCUUGACCUACUAUCCAAGGAUUUGCGACAAAAUAUGGCACGAAUUGAGACCAACACUGAUGCCGACAGCAGAACAAAGAUGCUGAGAUUAUGCAUAGCUUACAGCAGUAAGGUCGGCCUGAAGAAUAUGGUGAAUGAUUUCGCCAAUGCCGUCAAAGCAGAUGUCAUUGAAUCAGAUGACAUCUGCCCAUGUCUGGUAACUGAAUGGCUGGCACUCAAUGAGGCUUCCGAAACAGAGCUGUGGUUCCGCAGCAGCGGCGAAAGGCGCUUCAGCGAAUUUCUUGUGCUCCAGAGUGGCUACGCGUACAUGCACCGGGAAGCAGAACUUUGGCCCGCAGUCUCAAUCUGGCACUGGGUCCGGGCGAUCGUGCAAUUUCAACUCAACUGGCCGCAUAUCAAGGCGGUGAAGGAGAACCAUCACACGCAUCGUAUUUCAGCGUGCGACCACAAAGACCUUGGAAAAAUCAUUCGUCAACGUUUUUUCUUGAGGCAAGUGAAGUCCACCAGGAUGGCACGCGUGAAUGAAUUGUGCGUCGACGAGCCAACUCCAAUCGACAGGAAUUCUCUAUAACUCGGUCUAGUUAUCACUUCAGAGAAAACAACAGAAAUGAAAAACAAUAUUUUUUGAUGUACCAUUGUUGAGCAUAAACUAAAAUAUGGCAUAAAAACCUCUUUUGAUGUGCUAGUGUUAAUGGAAUAAAGAAAGCCAGUCGCUACUUUUCGCGUGACUUCUGUAGCACUAUAAAAUGACACUCCUGUCCGUACUUUUUUAUCAUUAAUGAGCUCACCUACAUCCACUCGUGCCCCGUCUCUAACACUGCCAUUGUUGGCGCCAUAAGCUCAUAGUUAAGUAUGCCUUCAACUGCAUAAAUUUAUCAUCUAAGCGG